AGUCAGCGGCUUUGCCUAUUGCGAAAAUAAAUCUGAAAAUAUUUCGGCGAACGACUGGAAAUAAUUCUGUAGCCUUCAAGUCUUCUCAACUGAAAGAAUUGCUGCAAGACGCCUUUUUUUCUACCAUCUGUCACUCUUCGCCGGAUUUCUUCACACUUAAGCAUCCAAUUUCAAUUUCUAAUUGAAGCCGGUGCGUUCUCGAAGAUCAAGUGGUGGAUGACAAAUUUGUCCCGAAGAAAGACAUUAACUUUUCAGUUUAGUGUUCAGCAUUAUAGCUUUUUAAAAGCCAUUCUUUGCGGGGGCAGCCAUUAGUCCUUGUUAAGCGAAUAAUUAGAGGUUAAAAGAGAAAAAAACAGCUGUUCCAUGAAGGUAUAAUUCCCAAGAAAUCUGACUUAUCUGGUAAUCGUUCGCGUCUCCUCGACGAGAAAUGCGCUCUUCACAGUGAGAAAGUAUCCCACCGAAAACAAGUCUGGCGACACAGAAAUUAUAAGUCUUGGACAUAAAACACGAGCCAAGCAACAAAGAAUAACGAAGAAAAGGGUAAUGCAGGAAAAAUCCAAAGAAAUAGAAGAAUUUAAUAUUUAAAUCAAUUUGUAAAAACCGCAAAUUCGUUUGAACGGUGCUUGUCAAAAGAGCGGCGCUAGUCGCCAACAAGUGCUUGGGACGAUUUUUUUCUCGAAAAUUGGAUAACCUGCUAUGAUUUUUUUUAUUUCUCGCAAAAAAACUAUUAAUUUGCUUUUUGAAUAUAUACUGAUUUGUUUUCUCAUCAGCAAGCUAUUACCUCUUUAAGUUUUGGCUUUCAUUGCUUCAACUAAUCUUUUAUUGGCCUAGGAGUAAGCCUCAAUAUUUUUAUCAGAUUUUUUUACCACCUUUUCCUAUUCAAUUAGAAAACAUCUUGAAUAUUUUCAAGAGCUUUUGCAUAAAUUAUGGAAAGUUAAGUAAGUAAAGCUAAGAACGUUCUGGAAAUGCAGAUAUCAAAAAGCACAAUUUCCAAAUCACCAUCACCAGAUGAAAGUCUUAACGAUUAUGCAGAUUUUGAAGACAGUGACACUGAUGUUGAAAACACUGUUGAGAACACAACAAUGAUUGAAGAAAAUGAGGAAGGAAAAGAAGACAAUCCACUGUCAUUUCAACGCAGGGUUUGUUUUGUUGGUGCAUUACUACUCUGUAUUUUCACCAUAUUUGCCUUUGCAUUUCUUAUCCCUUGUCAUAGAGAAAGUUGCAGUAAUCGCAAAUGUGAGUUAAAAAAUACAUGGUCUGUCAACUUUACUGGUCUGGUCCCACAUCUACUAAGAGAAAUCGAGGGUGUUAAGAUUGGAGGCACAGACGUUGUACUUAGUGUUAUCAAAAGGCCAUUAUUUUCUAAUGGAUCAAAGACUACACUAUCAAAGGCUUCAUUUGAAUUGAUGUCAUUGAGUAGCUGUGAUGGCAAAAAACUUUGGAGUUCCAAAUACAAUGGCUCAUUAUCUUUACUUGUCUGUCAGAACCAAGAACUUCAAAAUAACAUACUCCCAAGAUGUCUAGUUCUAGAAUCUCCGUCAAUCCUCCACUCUAUAGAUUCCUACACUGGAAAACCAAAAUGGGCAGACAACGAUAUGUGGAAAGUGCUUUCAUUCAGAAGAAUAUAUGAUGUCAAUAAUGAUGGUACCAGGGAUAUUGUUAUUGCUAGGAAUAGUCCUGUUACUACGCGAGCAAAGGACACUGAGGGAUAUACUAUACAAUUUAAAGGAACCCUAAGUAUUCUGUCUGGAAAAACUGGACAACAGAUUGGUAGGAGUGUAAAGAUUCCCGGGCAUGUGAAUGGAACUAUUUUGCUGCUUGUCCAGGAAGUGUUCUUCUACAAGCAGUUUGUCCUUAUUGGCUCAAAAGAUGCAACAAAGAAAACUGGAUCUUUGUGGGCAAUUGAGGUUAAGGACUUGUUAAGACAUGCAACUAGCUCUGGCCCCAAAACCUCUGGCGCUCCAUGGGGUUCAUUCCAUCCCGACCCCAAAACUGGAUUCAUUCGCAUCCUUGAUAACCUUGUUAUGACAGAGCCUAAGUUUUCUGACCUCAACCACGAUGGUGUCUAUGAUGUGUUCCUGCUGACAACGGACGAAACAAGUGGGGAUUUCACAGUGAGGGCACUGAAUGGGAAAAAUGCAAAACAGCUUUGGCAGAGGAAGCUACCAUCUAAAACGAUAGACAGGGCCAUUUCUGAGAGUAUUACACUUGACAAGAAGCUUUCCCAUCUUGGAGUCACACUACAGUUUGCAAACAAAACAGCCGCAGUACUUGUACUGAAUGGUCAGACUGGAGAAAUCAUGUGGACGUUCCACAUGGACCACCCCCUCCUUGUACCCCCUGUUGGAAUACCCAAAAUGGAUGGCAUCCCUGGGGGCUUGAUGCUAUGGUUACCUAAAUCACAGGUUUUACAGUACUUGAAUACAAGUGUCAUAAAGUCAUUAGAUGAUAGUAGUGACCGUGCAACAAGGUCAAGCAUUGGUGGAAAGCAUUCAGGAAGAUGGGACUUUGGAGAGGGACUUGGAAGGGUCCGGAGAGAUGUCGAUAAGGAAACAAGGAAAGCUAAGUUAGAGGAGCUUAUCAAGAAACUGUUGAUUAUUAGGCAGCAUGAGAACUUUAAGGAAACUGAUAUUCAGAGAUAUGGUGAACUUUCAAGGCUUCUGAAUGCUUUCACCAAAAAACAAACUGAUAAAGCGGAUGAUGUUGUUAAUGAUGAUGAUGAUAAUGAUGACAUGGCGGAUCAGGAGCUGAGCUUGGAUGAAAAGAUAGCUGUUGUUGAAAGACUGAAAGGGAUUUUGCUGCAGGAGGUGAUAACUCAGGGGCCGACCACCAAUAGUGGGAAUGAUACAAGUACCACAGACUUCAGUGGUGACAUGGCUAAAAGAUCAGCUCCAAGCCCACUUAAAAGGUUCCUUGAUGCUUGGAGAGUGAGACUAGAAAGGGAUGCGGCACCUAUUCCCAACAAUACUGCCGUGACACCUGUCUUUGGGAGUGACAACCCAAUGACCCCAGUAAGAGACUCUACAUCAACUGCAAAUCAAGGUGAAAUUACUGAACUUCCAUCAGAUGCUACACCCACGGAAUUUCCUGAUACAACUGUCAUAACAGAUAAACCACCACCCAAGAAGGGUCCUGUUCAGGAUGAAAUCAAGAUGUUACAAUGUGAGGUGUGCAGUGCAAGGGGUGGCCAUGACCAGUCAUCAGCUUUGAUUGGCAUCUUGUUGUACAAAGAGGAUGGUGUUCUUAGGCUAAAAGUUGUGGCAGAGGAGAAACCAUUAUAUUUAGGACCUUCAGAGUACACACAGCAGUUUGGUGGGGAUUUGGAUUUCUCUGGAUGCGCCAAACUUAUACCAAACAUCACCCUGAAGCCUGUCAUCGCACUGCAAAACAAGGCAACCAGCAAGCUCCAGAUCGUAUACAUUAUAGACUAUAAAACACAGGCAUGUACAGAUAGUAGUGGUGUGAUAAUGAAGCCACAGCACAUCAUGACAGUUAAGAAGAUUGAUGUUGCCAUGGCAAUUAAGAGGUGGGAGGGAAAGGUUAAGUUUGGCGCAAAAGGUGAUGAAGUCACAAGGGAGAGCAAGAAUAGGAGGAGUCAGAUAUUUGAGUCGCCAUUAUCAAAGUGGGGAAUCAAGUGAUUAUUAAA